CACAGUUUUAAAUGUUAAGAACAAAUCCCUUUCAGAUUUAUUUUGUUAACACACAGGUAGUUUAUUGUGAACUCUCUUGGCCUCUGGACCUCAUUUUGCAUAACAGCAAAGCAGAAAACAAUGUGGCAUUUGAAAAAACAUAAAACACAACUAAGAAUUUCUAAAAAUGUGAAGUUUUUGCUCGUACAUAAAGUAAUUUUGUCUGAAUCGUUUGAUAUACAGAAAUGUCACCUUCUGUAGCAUAUUUAUGUAUACACCUGAAAUAUUGAUAGGGAUUACUCUGUGAGACUCUCCUGCCCCUUGAAUACCAGUUUAGCCAUCCCAUUUAUUUAAGAAUAUAUUAAGUUGUAUUACAUGGCACCUUUCUAAAACUUUCAUUAAGGAUGCAGCUUUAUCUGUUGUCCAAUACGGUAUAAUUUAUUAAGCACUCCUACGUGAAAAGGAGAUAGAUGCCUCAUAAAACGGACAGGUUUUUGUUGAUUUACUUAGAAUCUUAUGUUUGAAGAGAAAAUGCACAUAUGUAUUUCUAAGAAAUAUAUUGAGUGACAGCAUCUGACUUUAUGUUCCAUGCUAUCAAAUGAUCUUAAAUAUAGGAUAAGUCAUUUGAAAUGAAAUAGAUUGAGCCCUUGUUUUCAAAACCACCAUGAAGCUAGCAUAAUUUUAUUAAUCACUAAUAAAAAGUCAGUUGUACAAUUACAAGUAAAUGAUAUGAUAAGUAAUUUGCUAAAUGUUUAUAUGUGAUUGAUCUUAUUUUUACCAUAUUUAGGAAGCAGUCAUGUUUCAUGAGUCCUCAAAACUGAGACAAGAGAAUGUAGUAGAGUGAGGCCAGAAGUCCUUACUGGUUCAAAGAACUCCGGGGAAACUGGGAUAGAACAUUUUACAUUAUAAGUAGAACCCUGGGAGCCAGAGGUGAAUACAAGUUUAUCUGCAGAGCUCCGCUGCAGGGCUGAUCUGGGUCUGGAAGAAAUGGAUGAGAGCCAGUGGAUGAAAUUCACUAAUACUAGACAUCUGAGUCCUCUAAUAUUGGUGAAUGAGCUUUGCUAAGUAUGGAUUCAGGUGGUGGAAGUCUUGGAUUGCACACGCCAGACUCUAGAAUGGCCCAUACCAUGAUUAUGCAAGAUUUUGUGGCUGGAAUGGCUGGUACUGCACAUAUCGAUGGAGACCAUAUCGUUGUUUCAGUUCCUGAAGCUGUAUUAGUUUCUGAUGUUGUCACAGAUGAUGGGAUAACUCUUGAUCAUGGCCUUGCAGCUGAAGUUGUCCAUGGACCUGACAUCAUCACAGAGACUGAUGUAGUAACAGAAGGUGUGAUUGUUCCUGAAGCAGUACUUGAAGCUGAUGUUGCCAUUGAAGAGGAUUUAGAGGAAGAUGAUGGUGAUCACAUCUUGACUUCUGAACUAAUUACAGAAACCGUUAGGGUGCCAGAGCAGGUUUUCGUGGCUGACCUUGUUACUGGUCCUAAUGGACACUUAGAACAUGUGGUCCAAGAUUGUGUUUCAGGAGUCGACUCUCCCACAAUGGUAUCAGAGGAGGUUCUUGUAACUAAUUCAGAUACAGAAACUGUGAUUCAAGCAGCUGGAGGUGUUCCUGGUUCUACAGUUACUAUAAAAACCGAAGAUGAUGAUGAUGAUGAUGUCAAGAGCACUUCUGAAGACUACUUAAUGAUAUCUUUGGAUGAUGUUGGAGAGAAAUUAGAGCAUAUGGGUAAUACACCAUUAAAAAUUGGCAGUGAUGGUUCACAAGAAGAUGUUAAAGAAGAUGGGUUUGGUUCAGAAGUAAUAAAAGUGUAUAUAUUUAAAGCGGAGGCUGAAGAUGAUGUUGAAAUAGGUGGAACAGAAAUUGUCACAGAGAGUGAAUACACCAGUGGACAUUCAGUAGCUGGAGUGCUUGACCAGAGCCGAAUGCAGCGGGAGAAGAUGGUUUACAUGGCAGUUAAAGAUUCUUCUCAAGAAGAAGAUGAUAUCAGUUGCGCUGAAAUAGCAGAUGAAGUUUACAUGGAAGUCAUUGUAGGGGAAGAGGAAGGAACUUCUCUCCCUGAGAUUCAGCUUGAGGACUCUGAUGUUAAUAAAACAGUUGUCCCUGUUGUCUGGGCUGCGGCAUAUGGAGAUGAAAGAAGAGUCUCCCGAAGAUAUGAAGAUUGUCAAGCAUCAGGAAAUACUUUGGACUCAGCAUUAGAAAGCAGAAGUAGUACAGCAGCACAGUACCUUCAAAUUUGUGACAGCAUUAAUACAAAUAAAGUACUUAAACAAAAAGCCAAGAAGAGGAGAAGGGGAGAAACCAGGCAGUGGCAAACAGCUGUUAUAAUAGGUCCUGAUGGACAGCCCCUCACAGUGUACCCUUGCCAUAUUUGCACAAAAAAGUUUAAAUCCAGGGGAUUCUUAAAAAGACACAUGAAGAAUCAUCCUGAUCAUUUAAUGAGAAAAAAAUAUCAGUGUACAGAUUGUGACUUUACAACUAACAAGAAAGUGAGUUUCCAUAACCACUUAGAAAGCCAUAAGCUUAUAAACAAAGUCGACAAAACCCAUGAAUUUACAGAAUACACACGAAGAUACAGAGAGGCUAGUCCACUGAGUUCCAAUAAACUUAUUUUAAGAGACAAGGAGCCGAAGAUGCACAAGUGCAAAUACUGUGACUAUGAAACUGCAGAACAAGGACUGUUAAACAGACAUUUGUUGGCCGUUCACAGCAAGAAUUUUCCUCAUGUUUGUGUUGAGUGUGGGAAGGGUUUUCGACAUCCUUCUGAACUCAAGAAACAUAUGAGAACCCAUACUGGUGAGAAGCCAUAUCAGUGUCAGUAUUGUAUUUUCAGGUGUGCAGAUCAAUCAAAUCUGAAAACUCACAUUAAGUCUAAACAUGGUAACAAUUUGCCAUACAAAUGUGAGCAUUGUCCCCAAGCAUUUGGUGAUGAGAGGGAGCUUCAGCGUCAUCUGGAUUUGUUUCAAGGACAUAAGACACACCAGUGUCCUCAUUGUGACCAUAAGAGCACCAAUUCAAGUGACCUUAAGCGGCACAUCAUAUCUGUUCAUACUAAGGAUUUUCCUCACAAAUGUGAGGUCUGUGAUAAAGGUUUUCAUCGUCCUUCUGAGCUCAAAAAGCAUAGUGAUAUCCAUAAGGGUAGGAAGAUUCAUCAGUGUAGGCACUGUGACUUUAAAACAUCCGAUCCAUUUAUUCUUAGUGGCCAUAUCCUUUCAGUUCAUACUAAAGAUCAGCCAUUGAAAUGUAAAAGGUGCAAGAGAGGAUUCAGACAACAAAAUGAGCUCAAAAAACAUAUGAAGACCCAUACUGGAAGGAAGAUUUACCAAUGUGAGUAUUGUGAAUACAGCACUACAGAUGCAUCUGGCUUUAAACGACAUGUGAUAUCGAUACAUACAAAAGACUAUCCACACAGGUGUGAAUUCUGCAAGAAGGGAUUCCGAAGACCAUCAGAAAAAAAUCAGCAUAUUAUGAGGCACCACAAAGAGGCUCUUAUGUAAUAAGAUCAAUAUAAAGAAAGAAGCUAUUUAGGAGAUAUGAUAUGCUACUUGGGAGAAAACUCUCACUAACUGUCUCACCAGGUUUCAAAGCUUGAUACUAAACCAUGACUUUACAUUCUUUGUGUUAAAGAUCUUAAAAUAUUUGAAUUCAUGGGGGAUCCCAUAGCCCUUUGAAAAUUACUUAAAGAAUUUAAGAAGCACUAUAGAAUGGUCACAGAAAAACUUCUUAAGUAUCUAUGUAAUAGUAUUAUAUGCAUACUUAAACUACAGAGGGGAAAAGCAAAGACAAAUACUUUAUUUGGCUGAUUAUGUUAGAUACAAAUGUUUCUGAAAGGAGAAUACAUAAUUGAGUUUAGCGAUGCUUUGCUAUAGCAAGCAAACCCACUUUUAUGCAAUUUUAGAAAUGGGGCGGGGAGACAAAAUGUGGUCAUUCAUCAGUCACUUAGUCAUUGAGCCUUUUAUAUUGUACCUGGAAAUUAAAUUCCAGAAACAACAAAAGUUUUGUGUAUUCAUUAAAAGAAAACUAACUGGAAAGCAGGUUAGAUUAAUUCAGUACUAUUAAAGAAUUCAGAGCUGUUAAUAUUUUAUCACAGGAUAGGAUACUUAAAAUAUAGCAUUCUGUGCUGAGGUCUAAGGUGAAGUCUAUAAAGUUCCCUUUUUUUCUGAUCUUCAAGUUGAUUGUUGUUCAGUAUGGCAUAUAUGACAAAAGUAUAUUUGAGUCAAAUGUGGCUUUCGAAAAUGGAUGCAACAUUAGCAUUGCAAACAAAAUCAGCACUAUAUUUCUUAAUGAUCUAAAGAUUAAACUGAGAGAACACAGUUUUCUUAAAUAUUAUAAUGUCUAGAGUUUUUUUGAGGACAGUCUUAGCAAGUAUGAUUGUUCUAGUCUUACUUGCUCUAAUGUUUAAAGGUGCAAUUUUAUGCCAUUAUUGAAAUUGAUUUUUAAAAUCUAUAUACCAUAUUAUUAACAUGCAUUUUCAAUACGAGGCAGUGUUUAUGCAGUAUUUAAACAGAGCAAUAUGCUGCCAAUAGAGUUUGGAGGUGGAUAUUUAGUUUACAGUGUAUAAACUUAAAAUAUGCAUCCCUUUAACAACGCUUUGUGUUAGCAUGCUGCAAAUCAAAAUGGCACUUAAUAUUAAAAACUGGUUUAGGGAAAUUUUAUGAAAAUCCUGUUCAUAAAUGUAAUGCAUAUGAUAUGUACUUUUAAGUUUUAGUUGCUUCAUGUUUACAGCUGUUCAGCUGUUCAACAUAAUUAAAAUGUAAUUUUACUUCAUGCUAUAUUGUGGCUUUGUGUUUCAAACAAUGUUCACCUUUCUGUUUUUGCACCAGAUAAGAAUCAGUUCCUUGAGAAUAAAUUUUUUAUCUUUCUUAACUUCAGAAUAUUAAAAUUGGAAUAUCUACUAAAAUUCUGUGUUAUGUGGCUGUAAAUGAUGUACACGCUGUAAAAUAAGAUCGCUACUGUUAUGUGGGUUUAUUAUUUCUAAAUGUUACUCAUUGAAAUGAGCAUACAAUAAAAAGCAUUUAUUGCACUU